AUGAUCGAUACAGGAUCAGCAAAAACAAUUAUUCAUAUUAAUACGUUAUACAAAUUAAUACAUCGACCUUACAUUAAUUAUCAAAAUCGUUUACAUCGCACUGCAAAUAAUGGUGAAUUACGUACUAUUGGGUUAGUAAAUUUAAGGAUUAGAUUGAAAAAUAUUUUAACAUUUAUAUUAGCUGAAGUAGCUAUUGAUUUAUGUACAGGACUAGUAUUAGGAAAUGAUUGGAUUAGUAAAAAUGAAAAUGAUAUUAUCACUACACAGAAAUCUAUUCGCAAACGUCGAGGAUCAUAUGUUGUUUCGAUACCAUUUUCAGAUUAUUAUCAAGAAGCAUAUCCGGUUUAUUCUAUUUAUUCUAUUCAUACUUUGCCAGAACAAGAAAUGAUUGUACCUGUGCCACGUAGUAUUAAAGCAAUACCAUCAUUUAUUAAACAGACAGAAUGUUAUCGAAAAUAUCCACCAAAUUCUUCCACAUUAGCUCAAUCAUUAUUCGAUAAACAAAAACGAAUGCUGAGGCCUCAUUAUGUUAAACGUGAAACAAAAGGAUUAUCUACACUUCGUUCAAUAUCAACUGAAACAGGAAAACAAUCAUCAAUUAUCGGUGCAAUUUCAACUCGUCGUAUGAAAUAUCGACAACAACAACGUGAACCUAUUCCAGUAACAACAACCACUGCUCGACUUGAUCAACGUUCAAAUUUAUUUAAACCAACUGAUCGAAUUAGUGUAUUUACGAAUGAACAAUUAAAAUUUUAUCAACAGCGAGAUAAUUUUAUCAAGAAAAUAAUAGAAAAUAUUUAUAAACCUCCAUUUAGAAAUGAAUAUUGUAUAAAUAAUGAUAUAUUAUGUCGUAAUGUUAAAAGAAUUAAUAGGAUUAUACCUGUACCAGUUAUACCAAGAGAAAAAAUUUAUGAUGUUUUAUUGGCUUAUCACGAUUCAUUACUAAAUGGUGAACACUUAGGAAACAAUCAAAUAUUUUACAAAAUUCGUAACAGUUAUUACUGGUCAAGAAUGUAUGACGAUAUUAUUGAAUUUGUGAAGUCAUGUUCGACCUGCACAAUUGAUAGAUACUCGAGAAGAAAUUAUGGUGCUUAUAGAACAAACCAAAUUUAUUUAAAUGGUGAUUUCGUUUACGUCAAACGACUAGGAUUAAAUCACAAGUUAUCAUCAAAAUAUGAUGGACCAUAUCAAAUAAUUCAACAAUUGAACGAAUCAGUAUAUCGACUUCAAAAUCCCAAUGAAUUAAAAGAAAUUUUCAAUGUACACACUAGUCGCCUACAUCGAUGUUAUUGA